CUAUCCUGCAUAUCUUGUGAAGAGAACGUGUCGUGUGUCUUUUUCGGCUCAAUCGUCAAAUUGUAUAUCAAAAUUUUUGAAUUGUGAAAUUAAAAAAUAGAAUCAAAGAAUGUCGAAUUUUACUUGCAUCAACUGCAGCGUGAAAUUCGCUAACGCAGACAUGCAACGGGAACACUAUAAAACUGACUGGCAUCGGUACAAUUUGAAAAGACGAGUUGCAGAAAUGCCACCAAUUACGGCCGAGGAUUUUCAAACUCGCGUUUUAGAAAUGCGUAAUGCUGAGGCAAUGGUCAAUGCCGACAGGCAAAUGAGCUUAUAUUGUAAUGCUUGUCACAAGCAAUUCGGCAAUCACAACGCUCACGACAAUCACUUGAACAGCAAGAAGCAUCGAGAUAAUCAGCAUAAGUUCGAGCAGCAAAACGAUGGAAUUGAUAAGGAAAUAACAAGUAGAUCUGUAAUAGGGACAAAGGCGUCUUCAACAAUAGCUACUUCUCCUCAGGAUAAACCAAAAUAUAUUUUGGUAACAGAUAAUAAUCACACCAUACACAAUGACGAUUUUGACGACAUUGAAGAAGAAGAAGAAAUUGUAGGUGCAGAUUUAGAAUUGGAAGAAUUGCCAGAAAAUCCGUUGAACGUUAGAAAUUGUCUCUUCUGCGUACACGAAGCCGAGGAUAUUAUGGAUAAUUUAAAACACAUGUCAAUAGCUCAUUCAUUUUUCAUACCUGAUGCAGAGUACUGUGUGGAUCUGGAAGGUUUGCUCUAUUAUUUGGGUGAGAAGGUGGCAAUUUAUUUUGUUUGCUUGUGGUGUAACGAUCGCGGGAAAACCUUUUACACCUUGGACGCUGUGCGCAAACAUAUGAUUGAUAAGGGCCAUUGCCAAAUGCUACAAGAAGGCUUGGCAUUGGCAGAAUACGCAGACUAUUAUGACUAUAGUCCCAGUUACCCAGAUCACGAAGAAGGUAUGGAUAUCGAUGAAGAGGUCGUACCUGACCUGUUAGAUGGCGAUGAAUAUCAAUUGGUCUUACCUUCCGGGGCAGUUAUAGGUCAUCGCUCUUUAUUGCGUUAUUAUAAACAAUAUUUAAAUCCAAACCGCUGUAUUGUAGCUAAAAAAUCCGACCGUAGGCUACAUCAUCUAUUGAGUACCUAUCGUUCCUUAGGUUGGUCUACUACACAACAGCAUGCGGCCGCUCGUAAGGCACGUGAUAUUCAUAUGAUGAAACGUGUUCAAGCCAAAUGGCAAAUGAAACUGGGUUGCAAAGCUAACAAAUUACAAAAACAUUAUCGUGCACAAGUUCUAUUCUAAAAUGUUUUUAUAUUUAUUUCGAAGUUGCAUGUGUUUACGAUCGACAAACUUAUGAAAAAUCUUUACACAAAUUUAAAUAUGGAAUAUGGAAAAACUCAAUUUGUGGAAAUCGUACAAAGUGCAUAAAAUUUUUAUUACCUACCAAAAAGUAAACACUAUAAUAA